CAAACCGACUCGAACUGGUUUAGACCAACCAAGCUAUUUUGUCCAAGAGUGAAUGACCGACAAAUGAUCACUAUCGGUUCGUGUGAAUGACCGAGAAAAUAUUGACACCGCAUUCGGUAGUACUUGAGUGAUAAAAGAUAUUUUGCACGCUAAUCUACUAUGGCCUCGUUAAAAAAGUCGCUAAAUCUGGGUGCAAUUAGGAAGAAGAAACCACAGUUGGAAACCAAUACAUCACACGAAAAAUUGAUCAACGAUUAUCGUUUUAGAUAAAUGGACCGAAUGAAUGAUAACUUCUUCAGCCAGCAGAUAGGAGGAAUCUUUGACAACCAUAAUAGAGAGAACUGGGUAUGGGAUCAGUUCCAUAAGUCACCCGAAGUGACACUUUCCCCCGACCAGGAAAGUGCAUACUUCCAUAUUGAUCCGGUAUACCACAGUACCGGCACAGCAGGUGUACGGGGCACCAAAGGGUUUAUAGAUGGUAUACACUAUUGGGAGGUGACAUUCCUUGAGCCCCCGAAUGGGACCUCAGUUAUGGUGGGUGUAGGGACAGAAAAAGCUGGACUACAUACAGAUGACUACAGAUUUGUUGAUCUAAUUGGUAUUGAUGGGGAAAGCUGGGGUCUUUCAUAUCGUGGGGAUUUGUGGCAUGAUGGAAUGUGUCAUGAAUUCUGUGCACCAGUAUUCCACCAGGCUGUGAUCGGCUGCCUCUUAAAUCUAUACAAAGGGACCUUAACCUAUUAUCAAGAUGGGCGAGAACUUGGUGUGGCUUUCACUGGUCUCAACAAUCUAAGCAUGCCAUUGUACCCAAUGGUAAGCUCUACUGCAACUGAGACUGAACUUGGACUUGGUACACGAACAUGUCGAUACCUCUCUCUGCAGGAGAAGUGCUUCCAGGCCAUCAAAAACAGUCUUCGGUGCAGCUCUGAGGAUGAAGUAGACAACUUACCUUUACCAAAUUCCAUGAAAACUUUCAUCAAGGAAUUCUAAAAUCAUGUCAUGUUCACAUUAAAUUUACAUUGAGAUCAGGGGUGCUGCUGAUACUUUAUCAGGAUUCACAAUUUUUCACGUCAUUAUAGAAAUUUGUUACUCAAAUUUGUGACGGCUGCAUUUUUUUUUUUUUCUAUUUUUGUAGUUUCUUUUCAAAUACUGGUUGAUCAAUGCAAAUCUUAUUUCUUUGAUCAGGAAUUGGUCUUUCAGGUUUUCUGUAUUGACCAAUAUUCCAUCUAAUGGAACCUGUUACUUAAAAAUAUUCAGGUGGAGUUUAUUCUGUGAUUAGUUUUUUGUGGCAACUGUCUAUAUAACAGAAAUCUGUUUGAUCUAGAAAAGUCUAUUACAUAACAUUAUUAUAUUAUGCAUUUGAACAAAGGGACUUGGCAGACGUUCCUAACUCUAUGGUCAGUGUUGUAUUAUACUGACGUUACAAAUAUAUAAAUUGUAGAGUUAAGAAUUCAUACCAAACCUCAGUGCUACAGUAUAUAUAUAUAUAUUAUUUGAUUAAAUGAAUGUGUAUGAAUUAAUUUUUUUUUUUUCUGAUCACAGUAGAUACCGGUAGUUACUAUGAGUUUCAGACUAACCAGGUUUCGGUAUACACUUAUAUAAUAAAAGUUAAUGAUAUUAUGAUAACUAUUAAUUUUAUAAUGUGGAAUCUUGAUGUAAAAGGAUUCUGCCUGUAGUGUUUCCGAUUUUCAUGUUUCAGUGAGAAAAAUGAUUGGAUUUAGAUAUUUUGUGAAAUUUCAUGGAACAUUAUGGUAUGCUUAAUCAAUAUUUUAAUUCAAUGUGGUAAGAUAGCAAUUUUUUGUGCAGUUAAGCAUGUUGGUUUGGUUUUUUUCUAUUGCUCUGACAGAAAUACGUGAAUUUUGAAUUUUUGGGGACAAAUUGCUGUCAUGAAAUUGUGCAUGAAAAAUAAUCAGAUCUUGAAAACAAAUCAUGUAUUUAAUUUAGGAAAUUAAAGAAAAAUAAUUUAAACAUACUAGUCAAUGUAUAAGUAAGGCAUUCCAAUAUUAUGUAUAAAGAAGACUACAUAGUUAUUGAUAAUGAAGGGAAUUAGUUUCAAUAUGUACGGGUACUUCAUAUGAAAGUUUUCAAUCAGCAUUAAUCAUCAAUAUUUAAAGGGACUGGCAAUGCUGACCUUAAAAUGUGUGUUUCAGGUGUCCUUACACAAACAAAUUCUUUUAUCAACCUCCUAUUUCAACUGUUGGAAGUGGUUGAUAAAUCUUAAAUGCUCUCAGGUGACGUUGACAUUUCGCAAUAUGAAAGGUGAAGUUCUUUUCAAUCCAAGAGUGAGCAAAUUUUGAGGCUACUGACAGAAAUAAAAAAAUAUGUGCUUGAAUAAGAAACUUGGAGCAGUUCUUUUUUGGUUGGGAAAUGAAUGAGAUUGGUCAGGAACCCUGAAGCUAUCAUUUUGAGGUCUUUGUAGACAUUGCAAAGCAAUACACAUUAAUUAUCUGUUUGCCAAACAUUUAAUUUUGAUCAUAUUACAGCAUUAAUUUAUUUCAAUUUAAAACAAUUUUUUUUUUUUUUUUAACAACCGUUGUUUUGUGAAUUUUGAUUUUGCAAUAGUCAAUUGAGUAGGAAAAUAACUGAGUUGUAGUGUAUGCUUCUGUGAAGUUUAUAAAUACAUGUAUUUUGAGACGAUUGCUAAAGCAGAAGUGUGAUGGAAUAUCUGUCCAGAAUUUGUGAGUUUAUUUGUAUGGGGAUGUACGAAGUUGUAGAAAAUUUGCCUGUGAAUUAAAUACUACAAUCUGGUGUUAAUGUAAUUCUGUUUCAGGUGUAAAUGCAUAGGUUGGAUUGUAUGUAAUCGGAGAAAACUGGUUGUAUGCAUUUGUAUGACAAUAUUGACAGGAUAUGACAGGAUUUUUUUGAUACAUGUAUAUAUUGUUUUGUUGAUCAAUUGAUUGUACAGCGUUGAUUUUGAUUGUUUUAUAUUGUCAGGGUUUUAUAUGAUAAAUAAAAAAUGUUAUUUACAAA